AUGACAUUGUUGGACAACGAUCACUUCCUUGCGGAACUCUCAAAACUCUUCCAGAAAGCUCGUCUUUCGGGGCCACGUGCCAUUACCAUUACAUUGAGCAGAGCAGUUGCAGAUGAUGGACGAACGAAGCCUUAUCCGAGAAAUGAAACGCAACAAGCGCUGAAAGGCGAAGAUCUCUGCUUGUUCCGUGCAAAACUUGGCAAUAAAAAAAUCAGUACUGUGGUGCAUGCCAAGGAGGUGAACAAAUUCCAGCUGGCUUAUGCAUCUGUCCUAAAAGCAAACGUGGAUAAUUUGAAGAAACGUGAACGUAAAGCAAUUGGCGAAGGGAAAUCAAGUCGGCCAAAGAAGACUGCCAAACUCUAA